AAUGGAAUUAAAGAUAUCGGCCGAUUAUCAAGAUAAUGAAAGAUUAUUUGUCAGUGCGGUGCGGACUGCCGAAUUGUUGAUUUCGAUUUAAGGCAAGAUAAAAUGUUUGCGUCACUUCUGGAGGUAGCGCGUAAGUCCCCGUUCCACGGGCCUCUGACACCCGCCUUGUGCGAAACCAACGAGCCCGCACCCGCACUCACAGAGUCUAAUGUACAGCCCAUCCAGACAAUAGCUGCGUCGUCGGCGCCGGAGCAAACGUACUCAUGCGAGUUCGGCUCUGCCAAGUACUUUGCGCUGUGCGGUGUCGGCGGUCUGCUGUCAUGCGGUUUAACCCACACGGCCGUGGUGCCCUUGGAUCUGGUGAAGUGCCGGUUGCAGGUGGACCCCGACAAGUACAAGAAUGUGAUGAACGGCUUCAGGCUGUCCGUGCGCGAGGAGGGUGUGAGGGGUCUCGCCAAGGGCUGGGCUCCAACACUCAUUGGGUACUCGCUACAGGGUCUGUUCAAAUUCGGUCUGUACGAGGUGUUCAAAGUGGGCUACUCGGACAUGCUGGACGCGGAGACAGCCUACGUGUACCGAACCUUCGUCUAUCUCGCUGCCUCCGCUUCCGCUGAGGUCUUCGCCGACAUCGCCCUCUCGCCAUUCGAAGCUGUUAAGGUCCGCAUCCAAACUAUGCCUGGUUUCGCCAACACUAUGCGCGAGGCGUGGCCCAAGAUGGUGCAGAACGAGGGCUACGGCACAUUCUACAAGGGUCUGGUGCCGUUGUGGGGUCGACAGAUUCCCUACACAAUGAUCAAGUUCGCCUGCUUUGAAAGAACACUGGAAAUGUUCUAUAAGUACGUAGUGCCGAAGCCGCGCGACCAGUGCACGAAGGGCGAGCAGCUGGUGGUAACGUUUGCGGCGGGUUGCGUCGCCGGCGUCUUCUGCGCCAUCGUCUCCCACCCCGCCGACACCGUCGUCUCCAAACUCAACCAGGAUAAGUCGGCGACAGUGGGUUCAAUCGUGGGCAAGCUGGGCUGGGCUGGUGUCUGGAAGGGACUCGGCACCAGGAUUGUCAUGAUUGGUACACUUACCGCGCUGCAAUGGUUCAUCUUCGAUGGCGCCAAGGUUGUUUUAAGAACACCACGACCACCACCAGCCGAGAUGCCUGAAUCCAUGAAGAAACGUCUUGAAGCUGAACAAACAGCCAAAGAUAAUUAAAUUAGAAAUCCCAAAUCCAGAGCUAUCACAACCCUAAUCUCAGUUUAUUGGUUGAAAAAAAUAUAAAGAAUAGUGAAAAUGUACUAGAGUGCAAUUUUAAUUUGUUGCCAGUACUAAAUAAAUUUAUAUUGCAUUUAUAAGUGAAACCUAUUUGAAGAUAGAAAGUAAA